AUGAUCAAAAAUUUGGCUAGACAAACAAGAACAUUCUCCAAAAUGGCAUCGAAAAUUGUUCCAAACAAAACAUUCACAGGAAACACAGGUAAGGACGUAUGGUCAUUGACAAACGAAGCAGCAGCAGUCGCGGCCAAAAAUCCCAAGAACAAAGGAAGAGAAAUUAUUAAUUUGGGCCAAGGGUUUUUCUCGUACUCACCACCCGAGUUCGCAAUUAAAGAAGCUCAAAAAGCGUUGGACGUUCCAUUAACUAACCAGUAUGCCCCUACGAAGGGCCGUCCCUCCUUAAUAAGCUCCCUUCAAAAGCUUUACUCGCCAAUCUACAACACAGAAUUGAAGCCAGAAAACAUACAGGUUACCACCGGUGCUAACGAAGGCAUUUUAUCAUGCUUAGUAGGGCUACUUAACCCUGGUGACGAAGUAAUUGUUUUCGAACCGUUUUUUGAUCAGUAUAUUUCCAACAUUCAGAUUCCUGGUGGAAAGGUUGUUUAUGUUCCUUUGCACCCACCAAAAGAUCUAGAAACAAGAGUGACUGAAGGUACUGAAUGGACAAUCGAUUACGAAGAGCUGCGGGCGGCGAUCACUCCAAAAACCAAAGCUUUGAUUUUGAACACCCCUCACAACCCUAUUGGAAAGGUUUUCACCAAGGAAGAACUUUUGAAGGUGGGCAACAUCUGUGUUGAGAACGGAAUUGCAAUCAUUUCUGAUGAAGUGUACGAAAACUUGUACUUCACCAAGGAAUUUACGAGGAUCGCAACUUUGAGUCCAGAAAUUAGCCAAAUAACCUUAACGAUUGGAUCUGCAGGAAAGAGCUUUGCCGCUACCGGUUGGAGAAUUGGCUGGGUCAUUUCUUUAAAUCCUGAUCUUUUGAAGUUCGCAUCCAUGGCACACACCAGAAUUUGCUUCUCUACCCCAUCUCCAUUGCAAGAAGCUUGUGCGAAUGCAAUUACAAUUGCUAUGGAUAAUGGUUACUACGCAAAGAUGAGAGACGAAUACAUCAAGAAGUUUGAGAUUUUCACAAGCGUCUUUGAUGAGCUUGGUUUGCCGUACACUAAACCAGAGGGCACUUACUUCGUUUUGGUUGAUUUUUCAAAGGUCAAAAUUCCAGAAGACUAUCCAUUUCCAGAUGAUUUGAAAUCUAAAGCCAAAGAUUUCAGAAUCUCCUACUGGUUGAUUAACGAGCUAGGAGUUGUGGCCAUUCCACCAACUGAGUUUUACAUCCCAGAACAUGAGAAGGCAGCAGAAAACCUAUUAAGAUUCGCUGUCUGCAAGAGCGAUGACUAUUUACAAAAGGCUGUUGAUAGAUUGCGUUUAUUGAAGCAAUAUUUAUAG